ACAGCUUCACUCUGGAGGAAGCAAGCAAUCAGGGAGGGUUGGUCGACGUGGCACCAAGGGACCCACCCCCAACCCCCUGUAUUUACCAACAACAGGCGUCUGUUUCCCAGCACUGAACCGUCCUAGCACCCGGGCUCUCUCUCUGAAAAGAGACACAUCCCUCUACCUCGACAAAUAAAUGCAAAGAGAAACAACGCGAGCGCAACCAGAUAAGGAUCGCUGCCCAGAAGUGGAGAGAACAACGAACCAACGCGAAGAGAAAAACAGACGCGCACGGACCGUCGCCGUUGCCUUUUUUCUCAAUGCAUACCCUUUGUGCCCGGGGAACGAUGAAACCAGAGAUCAACGCCGCCGUCGGAUUUCUGACGAGAUUUCUGAGGGUAAAAGGACACGUAAACGAUCGACAGGUCCAAACGUUCAGCCAAAGCUUACAGGACAUUUUGUCAGAGCAAUAUAAGCACCACUGGUUCCCAGACAGGCCCUGCAAGGGUUCAGGGUACCGCUGCAUUCGUAUAAACCACAAGAUGGACCCACUGGUGUGGCAGGCGGGCCAGCGCAUCGGCAUGACCAUCCAGCAACUCUACCUGGUGCUGCCCAGUGAGCUCACUCUGUGGGUGGACCCCUUCGAGGUCUCCUACCGUAUUGGCGAGGAUGGCUCCAUCUGCGUCCUGUACGAGUCACAGCCCUGUCCCCCAGGAUUGCCGGCAACAGCCACCACCGGCUCCCCCUCAGGAAACAGCGGGCCGAUGGGCUCCAUGGUGGACAGUCACAUCAGCUGCAAGGAGGAACUGAUGGUGCUGGGCAGAACCAGUCCCUCCAAAGCCUACAAUAUGAUGACUGUGUCCAGUUAAAGAGGCGCACCGUCACCCCUGCCUACCUUUGUUCAGGGUCAUGCCGUGGCAGGUCAGAUCAUAUGACCAGAUCAGGGUGAGCCUUUUUUAAAGCUAAGAAUAUGAAAUGAAAUGGUGAAAGAAGAGAAAAGGAGAGGAAAAAAACAGAGGAUGUGGCCUAUCGUCCAGGUGAUGGAAACCUUGUAGGUUUGGUUUUUGUUUUUUUAACCCCCCUCCCCCCCAUUAUCAUCUGUUGUGUCAUUGAAUCAGCUGGGCACUCCGUUUUUGUAGGAGAGGCUUUGUGGAAAUGAAACUGCUGGGGCAGCUAAACCAUCUUACCAACCAACCAGGAACCCCCUCCCCCCAACUGUAAAAAAAAAAAAAAAAAAAAAAAACAUGGUGAUCAGCUCCAUCUCAGAAGGGGCUGUCAUUGACUUUGCACUUUUCCUAGUGGUAACAUGGGUAUAUAUUCAACACACCGCCGCAAAACACCCAAACCUAAAUUAUGAGGAAUUCUUACCAGGAACUACCCCCUGAAUUUCAAAUUCCAGAGGUUAUUCAAUUUGCUUUGUUUUCUGGUUCGGGGGGGUUGAGGUUUAGACUGAGCCUUUUGCCAUCCAAGCUCAAGGUAAAGAAACACACAAUUAGAGCAUCUCUAUUUUCUAUAAAACCCCUUUUGGACCACAGGGAAUUGGUUUUCUUUAUCUUGUAGCUGGGGGGGAAAAAGGCUUUCGGUCUCCUCCUCCCCCUCAGCCCACAUCAACACUGAGCUUCAGAAAACCCUCAUCUCAACAGUCUCUCGGCCUGUUUGUACAUGCAAGUGGAAUGUCCCAACACCUGUUACCUAUGGAUACCCCCCCACACACUUCUAGUUAAUGAAUGUUUUUGAAAUUCACAAUAAAAUUCCUGUGUUAAGUUUGCCCCCUUUUCCUUCCACCACUUUGUCAUCUCCUGCAUCAUCAAAAUUCAAAGUGUAGCAAAGGGGGGGUCUAUUUUACCCAAAUUUUGGUCAUGUGGCCCUGUUAGAAUUGACAUUGAAUGCACUUUGACCGUAGAUUGUGUGGGAUGUGUACUUUGUUUUUGUUUUUAUAGACAUAAUCGCCUGCAUUCCAUCCAUUCGACUGUCAUCUUUUCAGUUUUUAUUGCCCUCCUCACUUUUAGCUGGUUGUUCAUAUUGUUGCUCCCACGUUGGAAUAGACAAUUGUCUAUUACAUUGAGAGUUUCAAAACCCCUUCUUUUUUUUUUUUUUUUUUUUUUUUUUUAAACACUGUAUGUGAACAUUUCAGAGCUGUUGAUUUUUAGGUGGAGAGUAUCUUUGGUGGUAUGUUGGAAACCUUCUGUCAUCUGUUCAUAUGGCACUGUUCACUCUGGCAGGAUGCUGAGCUGAGCCCCCAUCCCCUGACACAGAUGGUGGUUUGUGUUGCUGAUAGAAAAACAAAGUUAGUCUGAAAGGUCUGGACUAAGUGAUGGCUGUGUGAGACCAAAGGGAGGUCUUGAGCACUGACUGUUCAGAGAUUAAUUUUAACUUGAAUUUAAAAACACCAGGCUUUGUCAGCCUUCUAUUUUCAUUUACGUUAGCUAUUUCCAAGGUCUUGUAUAAGGGAGAGACUUAUGCCUCCUAUCCUUAUGUGUGGAUUGCCUUACGGAGACCUCUUUGUCAUGAAUUGUGAGCCAUUCGUGAUUAUUAUAUAUAUUUUUUUUUAAAACCAGUAUCGGGCUAAUGUGAGCCAGCCUGGUUCGGUCUGCUGCCUGGACCCUCAUUAGAGGUGUCCCUUUUUUCCAGCCUGGCAGCACCCCCCCCCUCCCCCUCCCUACUGGUGCGGGGGUUAGAGUGCCUCAAGUGCCACAUAUCACCCGUCAGCUCAGACCUCCUGUUCAGCCAAAAGCAAAGCCAGCAUGCUGCUAGCUGACCCCCCUGUUGAUGCAGGUAGACUUAAUGUGACACAUAUCAUCAUCCAUCACCAUGGGGAGCUGGGUAAGGAAGGCAGGGACAGGAGAGCUGGUGUGAAAGAGCGUGGGGGGCCAGGGCCGGACUUCUUGUCCAGGGCAGCUAAAAUCCCUCCAGCCCCCCCCCCUCUGGACUUAUUCAACAUCUCCGACCCUGACCAGAAGACCUCGACCUUCCCUCAGCAGUGAUGGAUACAAAACCAGCACACGCGCUUGGCAUGCUCAAGCUGCACUAGGGGGGGCUAGUGAGAGACGAGGAAACAUGGAUCAAAGAUGAAGAACUGAGGGUACAAGGCCAUUGUUUUCUGUUUUCAUCUCACUGGAUUGCGCUGCACUUGAUUACUGAGUUUGAGUGGCGACUUUGUUUACAUGCAUAUGAAAGGAUGUGAUGGCUGUCUGACGUACCCCUUCACUCUUAACUCCUGGUUCUGGAGCUGAAAGGUUAACAGCAAGCUGGAACAGAUGCUGAGGCAGCUUCAUGUGUAGCUCGGAUCUUAGCCGCUGGCCAAAUCUGUCGCGGCAGGCUGGUUCACCAGUCAUCACCAGACCUAUGGGUUUUUAAGCUCCCCUAAGCCUGAGUGGAUCAUGGGUAAUGGAGCUAUAGCCUUUGACGCACUGCAACCCCCUAACCCUGCUCUCUGUUACUCCCUUCAGCAAUCUGUGAAAAGCAGUGAUUCAGUGUUGACCAGAUGGAUAGGAGCUCGCUGGGAGGGGAGCCCAGAGCUUUGGUUUCCAUGGUAGACGCCAGUUUUAAAAUCACGCUGCUCCAUUAUGGUUUUUUUUUUUUUUUUUUUUUGUAUUCUAUAUUUCGGACCUGCGAUGACCGUCUUGUCUCAUUUUCUCUAGAUGUAUUUUAUGGUCACACUGGUAGAUUUUCACAUCUUUCCACUCUGCCAGCCCCAUUUUCUCCUCUUCAUCCUCUUCGUAAAAUUUGCUUUUAGUCUCGUGGUCCAACCCACUUUUAACAGACGUUGUUUUCAGAGCUACAAAAACUCAAAAUUAAACCCAAAUCCUUCGACACCUUCUCAACUGUACUAUCGCCACCCAAAAUGGUUUAAGUCCUCAGUAAUAAUUAUUUAAAUGGCAUCCAUUCAGCUUAUGCGAACAUAGGUUACAGAAUUGUUGUGAGGGUGCUUUGAGUAGUCAGAGGUAAAAUAGCACAUAAAAUGCACUAAAUAUGUCAAGUUGAAGUUGUGACAUUUUUUUGAGACACAAGGAGUCUCUCCUGGAAUGUAUUGCCAAACUCAGGCCUCAGACUUCAAUAAAUACCCUUGUGGAAAAGUUGUGCAUGUUAAGACAUGAAACAGGAAGGGAACAGCAGUUUUGUUGUUGUUGUCAAAAUUGUCAUUGAUUAGUUGAAUUAUUGCCACUUUCACAUUUGAGGUGUUUUACAUAUUGUAGAAUGUAUUGUAACUGUACAACAAAUGGUAGAGUACAUAACAUUACACAUGGGAAGUGCCAAUAAUUUCUAUCCUGAGGUGUUUUUAGAUGUAUUCCUUUUUGUAUUUCAUCUUUUAACAUGGAUAAACGCUUUUCGUAAGUGAAGCCAUUUGUGAUGGGAGUGUUGGCAAGGACCAAAGUUGUUUUGGUUACCACAAGAAAAAAUAUUAGUUUCCAUGAUCUGAAAGUGUAGACGUAUCCUUUUGUUUGUUUUUUUCUUUUCUCCUUUUUUUUUUUUUUUUCUAUUUACCUACAAAACCAGAAAAUAGACAAAAAAAUCUGAGCUUACCCAAGAAGAAAAUCUGUAUCUUGUGAUCUCAUGUCAGUACAUCUUUAUCGUGUUCAGUUUCUUUUCCUUGGGUAUGUUGUGAUGAACUGCUGUAAAUUUGUACAGUUCAUGUAAAUUGAUUGUGCGGAAGUUGUACAGAUUUCUAUAUUUUGGAAGAAAAGUUUUUUUUCUCUGUAAUAAAAGAUUUCCUAUCUUGGCAUCAUA